AUGGGGAAACUGAGGCUGCAGGAGGUGAAGCCGGGCAGACGCCGGGAUUGCGCCGCCUGCAGGGACCUGCCCAGUCCUCCCCCGGUGUGCGGAGCGCGGUCCGGGCGUGUAGGGGCCGCCGGGGAGGCGAAGGCAGGAUGCUCCCCGCACCCUGCGAGCGCCCGCCGGCCCGGUUUGCUGCAGUCUCCUGGCGCACCGAUAACCUUGCUGCCGCUGCUCCAGCUCCUCCCCCAUCCCAGCCGGGCCGGGCCGGAGGGGGAAGGACGGGGGCUCCAGGCCGUGGGUGCUGGGGGCCCGGGGUCGGGUGGGAAGCCGGGGCAGGACUCAGCGAGGGCAGCCCUGGGGCGUGGGCUUCGCGCAGGAGUGAGGGUGUGCCCUAGGGCGGCCCUCGGUCCCCGCGCACUCUUGGCGUUGGCCUGGGGAGUCCUGCUGUUCACUGCCCCAGCAGGGGCGCAGCGCGGCCGGAAGAAGGUCGUGCACGUGCUCGAGGGUGAGUCAGGCUCGGUGGUGGUGCAGACAGCGCCUGGGCAGGUGGUAAGCCACCGGGGUGGCACCAUCGUCCUGCCCUGCCGCUACCACUACGAGGCAGCCGCUCACGGCCACGACGGCGUCCGCCUCAAGUGGACAAAGGUGGUGGACCCCCUGGCCUUUACCGACGUCUUCGUGGCCCUGGGCCCCCAACACCGGGCAUUCGGCAGCUACCGUGGGCGGGCCGAGCUUCAGGGAGAUGGGCCUGGGGAUGCCUCCCUGGUCCUCCGCAACGUCACACUGCAGGACUAUGGGCGCUACGAGUGCGAGGUCACCAACGAGCUGGAAGAUGACGCUGGCAUGGUCAAGUUGGACCUGGAAGGCGUGGUCUUUCCCUACCACCCUCGUGGAGGCCGCUACAAGCUGACCUUCGUGGAGGCACAGCGCGCUUGCGCCGAGCAGGACGGUAUCCUGGCCUCUGCUGAGCAGCUGCACGCGGCCUGGCGCGACGGCCUGGACUGGUGCAACGCGGGCUGGCUGCGCGACGGCUCAGUGCAGUACCCGGUGAGCCAGCCCCGGGAGCCCUGCGGCGGCCUGGGCGGUCCCAGGAGCGCGGGGACCAGUGGAGGCGCCAACGGGGGCGUGCGCAACUAUGGGUAUCGCCACAACGCGGAUGAACGCUAUGAUGCCUUCUGCUUCACGUCCAACCUCCCGGGGCGCGUUUUCUUCCUGAAGCCGCUGCGGCCGGUGCCCUUCGCAGGAGCAGCGCGCGCGUGCGCCGCUCGCGGUGCGGCGGUGGCCAAGGUGGGGCAGCUGUUCGCCGCGUGGAAGCUGCAGCUGCUGGACCGCUGCACCGCGGGCUGGCUGGCCGACGGCAGCGCGCGCUACCCCAUCGUGAACCCGCGCGCGCGCUGUGGAGGCCGUCGGCCGGGCGUGCGCAGCCUCGGCUUCCCGGACGCCACCCGACGCCUCUUUGGCGUCUACUGCUACCGCACGCCUGGUGCCCCGGACCCUGCACCUGGGGGCUGGGGCUGGGGCUGGGCCGGUGGUGGCGGGUGGGCAGGAGGCGCGCGCGACCCUGCUGCCUGGACCCCGCUGCGCGUCUAGGCCCGGAACAGGCAGACGGCUGGGCGCUUGGCCGCUGGUCUAGAGCCCUGCGGUCCCUGGAGGCUGGCCACAUCCCCUGUGGUCCCUUAGAAACUCACCAUGGCCCCGGGGUUUCUUGAGACUAGUCAGUCCUGGCAGACUAGUACCCUGGAAUUCCUUGGAGACUGGCCAAGCCGCAUCUCUUCUGGACAGCGGAUUUUCCCUCUGCCCCAACUGUCUCCAGGAGAAGGGCCACACGCCCUGAGGACCUAAGGAGGCCAACAGACUCCCCAGUCUCCUGCAGACUGGCCGCGCCUCUCAAGACCACGUGGCAUCAGAUGAACUGCUUCCCCCGCCCCAUCUCCUGGAGGCUGGACCCCCGGGAUUGUCUGGAGACUGGCCACGCCCCCUCUGCAUCUCCCUGAGACUGAAAACUGGUCCCUUGCCGUCAGCUGGACACUGAAUCCCCUCCCUAUCAGCUGGAGAGAAUGUAGAAACCUCAGGGUUCACACCCCCGUGGUCACAUGGAGACUCUGGGCUCAGGCACUUCCAACCCCUCACAGAGACUUGGGGACUGGGUAUUCCCAUUCUCCCCUUCUCCCUGAGAGUCCCCUGAAGUUUUCAGGUAAGAGAAAUCCAUCCCUAAGUGGCUGUGGAAGACAGUCCCACUCCUCCAGUUUCAUGGGAGAAAACACUGUCAUCUGUCACCUCAAAGACGGAUCGUCAUGCCCCCAGUUGGCUGGCAUGUAGCGGCCAUGCCCUGUCCCUCAAGUAUUUAUCUGGAGGGAGGGCAAACCCGCCCCGCCCCCGACGGCCCCUUCCCUGGCUGUCACCAAAGAGACCAUCCCCGGAGGCCCAGGGACCAUAAUAAGAUCCUUGUCACUUGUUAUGGAGACCAGCUGCCCUGGUUUACCACUGUCACCAUGGUGACCAGUCCAGCUUCUACUUGUCACCUAGAAUCACACACCCCUUCCCAAAUCAGUCACAUCCAUGGAGAUGGUGCCUCCUUCCUCCAGCUGUAACCAUGAAUACCACACAAUUCCCAUCUCACCAGCCCUCCAGCCCAGAGACCUACAACUCUACUUCUGGGUGUCCCCACCCUGACUGACUACCAGGGAGAUCACCCUCCCCCUAGCUGUCCCCAGGGUGACCCAACAUUCAGUUCUCCCACUGUCACCAUGGAAACAGGCUGCCCCUUUCCCCAGGCCCACUGGAGUUCCAGGCCAUCCCCCCAACUCUACCCCUUUGGAGGACAGCUUGGACCCCACAGCCAUUGCUAUAGAGACCAAACUCUGGUGUCUGAGGUAACAGAACACCUGUCCCCCUAAGCUUUUUCUUGUCGACAGGGCCCAGCCCCACCAAGCUGUCACCAUAGAGACUGUCAGUGUUGUCCCCAUGACAACCAACCUCCCAGCUCUCAGGAAUGUCUCACCAUGGGCCCAGUGUCUCCGGUGUCUCCCACUGGGCUGCCUCCUGUGCCCCAUCUGGGGCCUGAUGGCUGCCCCUUCCCCAGAUGGACUCAGCCCCAGACAGCAUUCCCAGACAGGGCUGGACUUCAGAGCUACCAGCCGCCCUCCAUUUGCACGCUAACUACGUGCCAGAUAGCAGCUGUGCAUGAGACACCCUUGCAACACCUGGGCAUUUUCAUUGUCGCCCUGUGGAUGAGGAAACUUAGGCUAUGAUGUGCCCUAGCCGUUUGUGUUGUGCAAACACUGAGCUCCCCCUUGCCCUCUGAGACCCAAUCCUUGUCCUCACUGAGUUCCUCCCUCCUUCCCUGACUCCCACCCACAUUUUCCUCCUUAGAGAACUAGGAGGGGUGGAAUGUUUCUUCAACUUCACAAUCCACUAGGUUCUAAGGGGUGAUUUGUGCUAAGAGGUCAGGACUCAGCCAGAUUCCCCAGGAUUGACAGCCAGCUCACGGGAGAUGGUCCGUGGACAAGGCCACUCCAGCCAUAGGAGACCCCAGCUCUGAGGUCCUGCCUGGGGGAGCAUGGAGUCCCUCCUGGACCCCUCUUUACUGUUGCAUCCAUCUCUUGGUAACCCAUCUCUGAGUUUUGGAACCAAGUGGGCUUGGGUUCGAAUCCUGUCUCUUCUUGCUCACUGUGUGACCAAGGGAUAAAACCCCUCUGAGCCUGUUUCCUCCUCUACACCAGGCUGUUCUGAGGUCCCUGUGAGUGCAAAGCAUACAGCAGGGGCUUAAUAAAUCCUUGUUUCUUUUGAUGAAUG